AUAUAUAAGGUCAUUCAAGGGGGCGUUGCUUUGAAGUCGUAAUUGAAACUAUAGUGACUUUAAGACACACACACACACACACACAUUUGCUGCUACAUUUUUGCUGCUUUUCAGUAUUCACCCGUAUAUUACGACCUCAAUAAUCUACUGGUUCUCAAGAUACGCCGGCAAGCCCGUGUAACUCGAUGGCCCUUCCACUGAGACCAUCCGGGCGCAAUGCCGCACCUUCGACACCGUCUUCCCACUUCAUCUCGCAUCUUGAUAAGCACCCUAAAACUCCUACGCGCGAACUCGUGAAGCCGUAUUUGGAAUACGAAACCCGGCUGCGGGAAUUGUUCGCGGAGCCAGACUCCCAAGUCGACGAUCUAGCGAACCUUGUACCGAUUUACGACGGCCAAGAGCACAAGUUCAAGAUCCGGACGAUAGAUCGCCAAGGAGCCGACAAAGACAAGUAUAUCUUGCCAUUGAAGGAUGAGCAACGGGAAAAGGAUGGGAGCUUGGCGAUUACUCAAUCGUUGGCUGAGUAUCGCGUCAAUCUCGAUGGAUUUACACAUGGUGUCUUGGCACGUCUAGAUUGGUCCAAUAUUGUGAUAGCCGGGUCGUCAGCGCUUCUCCCCAUGCUUUCCUAUCGCAAGGAUGUGAAGAUCGAGUAUGACCUCACGAUGGAGAAUGCUCUCGAAACAUACUAUCAAACCGUCGCGGGCUUUAGCGAUAUCGAUAUAUUUCUAUACGGAUUGGAUAGCGAAGACGAGGCAAUCAGACGAAUCCUCGAGAUAGAAGCUGUCGUUCGCAGAAACCAGCGUCUAUUUUCCGGUCAGGGUUUGGCAUUGCGCUCAAAGAAUGCUAUUACGUUCAUUUCACCGAGGUACCCAUUUCGUCAUGUCCAGGUCAUACUUAGGCUUUACAGGUCUAUCAGCGAGAUCCUAACCGGAUUCGAUGUCGAUUGCGCCUGUGUCGCCUUCGACGGAACGCAAGUAUAUACGAACCCACGAGGAGUCACUGCCAUCGCCACGCAGACUAAUACCAUCGACCUCACGCGUCGCAGUCCAUCUUACGAGAACCGACUGUACAAAUAUCGCAACCACAACUUCGAGGUAUAUUGGGACGCCCUGGACCGGUCGCGAGUCAAGCGGCAUUUCUUCGACCUCGACGAGGGCCGUGGGCAAAUAACCGGUCUGGCUCGACUCGUCUUAUCCGAGCACGACCUUCGGAGAGGCCCCCGCCCGUAUCAGCUGAGACGAUCUAUGAAGCGGUACGACGACGGCGGGGAACCGCUCCUGGCCACGCCCAGCGGAUACGCCACUCACGAAAUUCCGUACAGCGAAAGAUUCACUGCUCAGAGGGUUCGCGAAUACGUCACGGAACAUUCUCAAGAACCGUACAUGUUCGGCACCAUUCGCGAAGUCACCGGACAGGAGAAAAGCUCCGGGAAGAAGGGCAAGGGAGUGCUGCCGCAGAAAGUAUCUUUCAUCAAGCACAACCCGGGCCGUCAGAUGAUUGGGAGUUUCAACCCGGUAACGGAUGACGACUGGACUAAGAUGGCGUAUAAGGGGUAAGGGGGAAUGAAUGAAUUGCUCCUUCUGCGUAAGACCAUUCGAACAGAGCAAAAUGAGCAGCGUAGGACUAUUUCGGAUUACCUAGAAGCACCAUAUGUGCCUACGACGAGUUUUCAGAAAUGCCUUGCUUCUAUGAGGGUCCCACGAAGACGCGUGUAUGAGAAUUGCACUCUUGUAAGAGCAUCACAAAUGUCGUGUGGUUUCUACAUGAUAUGUUGGUCCUCUGGUCAUCUAUAUUCAAUCAUUUGAUUUUAGCACAACUUCGAAUCACUUUUCAACCACAAUAUCGUCGCUAUAUUAUAUUUACAACAGCUUUUGAUAGUCAUAGCUGUCCCUAUAUCCUUCCUAGAACUACUCCUAAGCAACAUUGUACUAUACUCUCUCUCCGUUUCUAAUUUCCCCUUUACUCCGAAUAAUUUCUGAACUUGCGCAAAAAAACUUACGAAGCCUUUCAUGAGGUAGUUAUUUGAAGUUCCACGGCCGUAGAAGGUCCUAAGGUAAUCAGGAUGCGAUAUAAUGCGUUAUGUUGGGACAAGGAAAAUGUUGUAAGCCUUCGAACAAUCUAUUGUUAGGAGAAGUACCUUAGCAAAGACUACUAGUUCAAUUCUUUUUAAAGCCACCAUGAAGGCCUACGC